AUGCCAAAGAAUGCACUGGUGACCCUCAGGCAUGGGCCUUAUCAGAGCUGUGGCGUGGUGGAACACCGAACUUUCCAUCUUGAGGGCUUGCAAGCCGUCCUGAAAGCAGACGGGCAUCAGAUAAUUCUAGAAGAAAUUCCAGAUUGGAAUGAUGUGCAGCUCAUAGUGAAUGGAGAACUUGUCUUUCAGUGCAACAUCACUGACUUGGAUUUUGGAGGUGAUGGCCAGUUGGACCCACUUUGCCAGCAAGCCAGAGAAGCAGUACUAAAAGCCUACUGA